UAUACAAAUACAAUAUGGCCGAAAGAAGAGGAAGUUUGCGAAUCUUAACGAAUGACAUUUUAUUAAAAGUUUAAAAAAAUUUUUUAAAUUUGAAUGUUCGGUCGAUACCGUGUGUUUACUAUCUUUGAUGAACGAUGGAUUGCGGGAUAUAUUAAAAAUUAGUUCGUUGUUCUACAGUCACAUUGAACGAUUAUGUUACUGAAUGAUUGUUGGUGAGAGAUGUUAUGUUUAUUUCUUUAAUACGAGAAGGCGUUUGUAAGGUGCUGUCAUGGACACUGAUGUUGAACUGUCUAAAGAAGGAUGUGAAUCUGGUCCAGGUUGUUCCGGUUAUUCUAGCAUGGUGCACAGUAAGAAAGUUAUCAAACAUGCAUUGCGGCAACAAGCCAAGAGACGUAGGAAAAAUACCACCAUAGCAGCAGGAAAUUCUCGUACUUUGCCAAGAAUCGUUGUUAAGCCACUGCCACCACCUCCACCAAACGAACCACCACCUCCGGUCAACAAUGUACAACACAUCAAUACAGUAGUUGAAGAACCUGCUGCAACAAUGAGGGAAGUUUUGGCUAGUUUGCCAGGAUUUAGUUUAAAAUCAGGACGAAGACGUUCAACAAAGAGAUUAUCUGCAACUGCACAAUUAGAAGCUGGUUUAGUAGAUCUUGAAUCACCAGCAAGCAUUUUAGCUAGUACAAGUUUACGUGCUCUUUUAAACAGGCAUACGUUCCAAGGCCUUCCUCCUUUAUAUCAGAGAAAACUCGCACAGCUUUUACCUGCCGUUGACAGACAGGAUGCAGCAACUUCUGGAUUAAAUAAUGAGUUUUUUGCUCGAGCUUGUUUAGAAUGGCGUAAACGAUUAGCAGAAGGAGAAUUUACUCCAGAAAAUCAACAGCGAUUAAAGAUGGAAGCAGAGCGUGACAAAAAUAAAUUAGAUCCUUGGAAAGUAAAACAUUUUGAACCCAUUUGGGGUGAAAAACGUGAACCUAAACUAAGAUCGGGUCUUCAUUGUAUUAAUGAAUCACGAUCUAGUGGUGCGGUUACACGUUCGAGCCUAAGGUUACGUUUAGAAAACAAUAUUGAUACAAUUACAUCAGAAAAUACUCAUUGUCCUAUUGUAUUGUCAGAAGAUAAAAUUGAGGAAGACAGUUGUAAAAUUGACAUUAAUACGAAUAACACAGAAGAUAUAAAUGAUGCACAGGAAGAGCAAGCAAAUCUUUUAUCAACUGAAUAUAAUGAAUCUAUACACACUGACUCUGUAGAAAUAGCAGUAAGCACACAAUUAUGUCAGGAAAGGAUAGAUGAUGCUAUUCAUGUUAAUGAUGUUACAGAAGAAACACCAAAAAAUAAUGAGAUAGAAAAUCAAAUUUGUCAAGAAAAGAAUGUAGAUACAUAUAUGGAAGAAGAGGUACAGGAAAAUCAUAAGGAAGUGGAAGUGGAUGUCAAAGAUCACCUUCUUGAAGUUGCAGAAGAAAAUACAGGAACUUUAUUAGAGGAUAAUUCAUCAUCAAAAUCUAAUGAACAAUCAGAACAUGUAUCUUUAGAAGAGCCAAACUCACAAUUGCCCAAGGAAUGUACACCUGAAACUUCGGUGGAUCAAAUAUCUCAAAUAUCAAAAGAACAAAUUACCCAAAUUUCUGAUGAUCAAAUUUAUCAAAUAACAGAUUGUGAAACUAGUACUGCACUUGGAAAUUCACCGACACAUUCUCAAGUUAGAACAAGUGAUAUUGUGAUGGAUGAAUCAAAUUUGAUGGUUAAUAAUACACAAUCAGAAUCAGGGCCAGUCUCACAUGAAAAUUCAGCAGAUGGUGAGUCACAAAUUCCUGAGGGAAUGGAAAUUGAUAGUGAAACUUUGCAACGUAUACACGAGCUAGAGGUACGCGGGGAAAUGCGAGAAGCUUAUGAAGAAAUUUCAGGAUGCCCAGAAGAAAUUAUGUAUCCUAUUUUAGAGAGUAUGGAAAUGGAAUCAAAUAAUACUGAAGAAACAGAGGCUCAGGUGACUGCACAAGUAGAAGAUGUUAGAGGGCCGCAAGACGUAACUGGCGGAAAUGAAGAUGAAGCUUUGAGGGAAGCGAAUAAUUAUGUUUGUUCAGAAAUGUUAGAGUGUAGUUGGACAGUAGAUCCUGCUGUUAAUACCAUCAAUAAUAACAAUAGGACACAAGAAGAACUUCAAGUUCCCUGGCCUUUAGUAGCUGCUGCUUUAGACGGUUCGGUUGCUGCUAAUAUUACAGUGACUACACAAGAUGAAUGUGGUGAAACACCUGCUACAACUGAAUCAACAAAUGCUGCACAACAAUUCAUAAACUCAGACGCUACUGUUGAAUCUGUUAACUGUAUUCAACUUCCCGUCGUUCAAGGAACUCCUUUCCAAUCUGAAAGCUUAGCAAUUGGCAAUCCAGGAACAAGUUGCAUAAUGAAGAAUCUUCAAUCACAGAAUCCACCAAUUAUUGCCUUUCCACAAUUGCAGUCUAUUAGAUUUGUACAAACCAGUUUUCAUUCAGAGCAAAAUACAACACCAGUAUUGAACAAUGCUACUGCAAUUUCGACUCAGUUACAAAAUCAGCCGAACUCAACUCCGCAGGUUAACAUUAUGAGAGCACAGGAUGAAAUUGUACAGUUGAACACACAGAAUAAUAUUCUGCAUAAUAAUAUUCGUGAUAAUGUGACACAAAAUCAAAUUCAAAAUACAGUACCAGUUGGAAUUGGAGUGCAAACACAGAAUAGAGCACAAAAUACUAUUAUGGUUCAACAUCAAGCAACAACACCUACACAAUCGCGUCAAAUCGUCGCCACUUUACAUCAACAGCAGCAACAACCACAACAGUAUCACAAUACAACUGUGUCAGUUUCUUCAAGAACAUCUCGUUCUAAUAAUCAAGGAAAUCAAAGAGGUUCUAGGAAUAGUAACAAAGAACAGGGGGGAGGAAGAUCCAGAGGUACAACUAAGGAACCACCAGGAGCUGUUAAUUUAGAACGCAGCUAUCAAAUUUGUCAAGCGGUAAUACAAAGUUCACCGAAUAGAGAUCAACUUAAAGCCCAUCUUAAACCACCACCUAGUUUGUUAGCAAGAGGUGAUGGAGCGUUUACAACUAGUAAGUCUGGCGGGCGAACAAUCACAACACUUAAAACUCAAAAAACACAACAAUCAAUGCAACAUAAUAAGCAAGGACAAAAUAAGCCUCAAGCUGUCAUGCUUAGGCAUGUGUUUGCUACAGCACGUCAAGCAACAUCUACAGAGGUUACAGAAAGCAAUACAGUAGCGCAGUUAGGAUCUACAGCUACCAGUGCACUUGGACAAUACAUUCUUGUGCAAAGGACAGGUGUCGGAGAUGGUGCACCAAGAGCGUCAUCUGCACCACCAUUACCUCCUCAAAUUGCAGGAAUGGGUGUUGGAGUACAUUUGGUUAGAGGUAGACCAGCAAGUGCAGGAGAGGGUUCACAUCAAGCAGUUACGCUAAAGGCACGAGGUACCGAUGGCAGAGGAGCAGGCGGAGCUGAACCUGGAGCGCCUGGUAUGAUUAUGGGUGGAGAUCCGCCACCCCCUUGCGAUUGCAAUAUGCGGGGUGCUAUGGUAAUCUGUCGACAAUGCGGUGCCUUUUGUCACGACGAUUGCAUUGGACCACAGCGUAUCUGCGCUACUUGUCUUAUACGUUAAUUGUCAUCUAUUAAUUGUUUAUAUAUAAAGGUAAUUAACACUAGGAAGAAAGUGUUGAAUAUCAAACAAAAAUGUCGAACAGUAUUUGCAGCCAUGUAUGUGAACGUUAUAUUAUGAUUUAUUCAAUUGUGACAUAGUCACCUCCUUGGACAAUUUUUCGAAGUAUUAUAUGUGGUUCUAGAAAAUAGACAAAAAGAAACUAAUGCUACAAAAGAAACUGAUAGUUUAUCAUCAGCACUUUAAUAUUAAUACUAUUCUACGUGACAAGGGUAUCAAGGAUAUAGUUUAAAAGAAAUUAAAUUUGUUUAGUUAUCAUAUUAAUCUCUGACAUUCAUAUUGAAUUGAGCAUUCAUUUUAUUUUUGUUAUUUAACAACUUUAUGUACGUAUAUAUAAUAUGUUAGAAUAUUGAUCCAGUAUAUUUUACAUUAUGAAAUAAUUUACUAUUUUAUGAUAAUUUGUAUAUUAUGUUUUGUACAGACAAAUUUUUUUAUACUCUCUUAUAUACACGCUCUUUUAUCCGUUCUCUAUCUCUUUUUGUUUUAAAUCUUUUAACGCGUGGAAGGAUAAUGUAUCUAUUAUAUUGUGCUUUAUGAUAUAAAACGUCUUAUAUUUUUAUCGCUGGAAUUUUGUUUUCUGUGAUGACAUAAUUCGAUUUUAUUAAAUUUCACGUUUAUCUUAUUGGUACGAUAUUAUUAUUUAACUGUAUAAAAUCUCAUUACAUAUCAUAUUAUAUUUAAACAUUAUCACAAUAUAAUUAUCUCUCAUAACAAUAUUUAGUAUCUUAAUCCAAUAAUACCAUAAACGUGAUUAUUCCAGAAGUUGUUAGUAUUUAUAAAUAUGAAUUUCAACUGUAUCCUUGCAACUCAGAUUUGCAGUAAGAAGUAAAUCUCUUACAGUCCGACUCUAAUACCGUCUUCCACUCAAUAUUACAUUCUGUAAUAUGCAUCGCGCGCUAUUUAUUUAUUAAUGCAAAUUUAAAUUCAUUCUCAUUGUGUAGGAAAUAUCCCUGUACAUGGUGGUCAUAAGACUAUAUAAUGAUCUCUUAUAAUGACUUUCUUAAGUCCCCCAAGGAGACUGUUAAAGUAUGACACUUUAGAACAGAGUUUGAAAUGUCAUUUGCAUAAUAUUAAUUAUGGUAUUAUUUAAAUACGUGCAAGAUAGGCCAUGGUGUACAGGAAUGCUAUUUACUAUAUAGUAUAUUAGAGCUACAAUCAAUUAAACAGUGAAGAAUCAAUUUAGCUGUUACAUCUUAUUUUGUUAUAGAUAA